AUGGAUCAGGAGGAGUUAGCGCGUGAAGUUGAUGGAAUAUCGAUAGUCACUGAUGUACGCCGUUCCGAGCCUAGUCGAGAAGAUGGACCCAUCGACAGUCCCAUAUCAUUCCCAGAUCUGGACGAGCUUCUACAACCUGUGCCUGAACCUGCGGGCAUCUCAUCUCCUGUCCCCAGCUUUAGGGCGCAAUCACGCGAACAGAGUGAGGACCAUAGGAGUGGGGCCGUUCCACUUUUCCUGCCGUCGCUGUCGGCAUCACCUGCACUCUCGAACCACUCUGGUGCCCCACUUCCGCCGGAGACGGACGAUGAGGUUUUAAUAGUAGAAUCCAUCUUACGCGAUGGUUCGCUUUCUAAGAGCCGUGUAGAUGUGUUGGAUGAGGAUCAUCCACAGACAUCACUACGAAGCGUGAAGAGGAAGAAAGGUCAACGGGUAUAUGUAUUAAUACCUCCUCCUUCUCCUGAGCUUAGGAGGGCUAUCAAGAAACGAAAGUUGGAGGAUCAAGGCAUAGUCUCUGGCUCAGAGGAAGAGAAAGAGUCCAAAUACAAUGAUUUCGAGCGAGCCCUCAUGGCGGACUGCAGAGUCCGAAUGGUUGAGAGACCCUGCCAGUGGAAUGGAUGUGAUGCUCUGAUGAACAGUGGCGAGAACCUCUAUUUGCAUCUCAAGUUGCACGGGCAAGAGGCUAGCUCUCAGGAGUCUUUUACAUGCCGAUGGCAGUCAUGUCCUCGGAGGUUCAAGUCGGCAGCAACUUUGGAGAAACAUUUACAGAAACAUUCGUACUUCCCUCUGCCAUGUCCUAUUGCAAAUUGUUCAGAUUUUUUCGAUAAACCAGUUGAGGCGAUGGAACAUGAAGUGCGGCACCAGCAACGGGAAUCAAUCAAGAAGUUGGAGAUGAAACAGCCCCCGAAACCUCUAGCGCCAAAAAUACCUCCCAUGCUAGAUGCUCCGCCUAACAGUCUACCGUCUUAUCGUGUGGAACCGAGAUACAUCCAACAAGCUCGUAUCCCACCUCAACGCCACGCUGUGAUUGGUCCCUGGGUUCUUCAAAAUAUAUUUAGCCCUGUCGAACAAAACCUGAGAAAGCAGAAUGCACCUAUGCGACUCCGGUACCCGCGCUCCGACGCUCGUCCGGAGAACCUGGAUAACUUGAGGGCAAGACCGGAUGAAUAUGACUUCCUGACAUCACUGUCGACACCGCCAACGCGAACAAUUCGAUACGAUGAUCUUGAUUCUGAGGAUGUGUCACUUGCACUACUUGAUGGACUCACGCUCUGGGGUACAGAUUCAAAUAGCUGUCAAGAAGAAUCGAAUCCCGAAGAGGGCUCUAAUCUGACAAAAGACAUGGUGAUCGAGGUGCCAGAGGGAGGCGCAUCCGUGGAAGGAUCUAGCAAUUUACUGAUGGGCGAGGUCUCGAUCACGACGGACGGAAUGGAUGGUAGUCACUGCACUACGGAGGGUGCUGUGAGGGAAGAAGAGGCUGUGAUGAUGAUGUUAUCAGAUUGA